ACAAAACAAGAACGCAUCCAGAAUCCUAGAAACAAGACAAGCAUGUUCAUCUUAGGCCCAAUAAAUGAUGAUAGGGAUAGCGCAUUCCCCGCUUGCUUAGGUGGAUUGUAGUAUGUAAAUUGCACAAGACGCUUGGUCAAGUCCCAGGAGCUUAUCCCGAGUUACCAAACUCAACUCUCGGCAGAGGGGAAUUCUCAAACCAAGACCACCGGCUCUGCUUGAGUCUCCCUCCGGGGCUAACAGAGGCACCAUACUGGAGGAGUUCAUGAAGCAGAUCAUUCGGCAGAAGUGGGGGGAAAGCUGCCCUCCUCCCAGCCCCCCGGGAUCUCAGACCUCAGCGUUAUCCCCAACAUUCUCCGUGAACUGGCUUGUAAUGGCUGGUGUGACCAUGAAAUAGGUCCCCCUGUUGUACAGGGCAUUCUGUUUUCAGCAGUGUUCUAGUCAUUGUGAGGAAAGAGAACUGUUUCCAGGCAUGCCUUCAGUGGAGGUCUCCUCUUUGCACACGUUGAGCUUGAUCGGUGUCCUGCAGCCACCACUGAGUCUCCAGUUCAUCCAGCUCCUGCCAGAAUGAACACACAGUUCAUCCAUCUUCUUCCAGAACACACGUGGCCUGGCUGUGUGGCACAGACCUUCAUGAGCCGGUACCAGGCAACCCUGCUGGGGCUCGGCCUGCUGCUCAUGCUUCUCCUGUAUGUGGGGCUGCCUGGCCUGCCUGAGCAGACUUCCCAGCUCUGGAGGGGCCCCAAUGUCACAGUCCUGGCUGGUCUCACCCAAGGCAACUCUCAGAUAUUUUACCGUGAGGCGUUGCCUAUCCAGCCAGCACACAGGGUGCAGGUGGUGUUUCUCCAUGGGAAGGCGUUUAAUUCCCACAUAUGGGAGCAGCUGGGCACACUGCAGCUGCUAUCUAAGAGGGGCUACCGGGCUGUGGCCAUUGACCUUCCAGGUUUUGGGAACUCAGCACCUUCAAAGGAAGCCAGCACAGAGUCAGGGCGAGCGGAGCUGCUGAAGCAGGUGCUGCGGGACCUAGAGGUGCAGAAUGCUGUAUUGGUGAGCCCGUCCCUGAGUGGCAGCUAUGCCCUGCCCUUCUUGAUGCGAACCCACCACCAGCUCCGUGGAUUUGUGCCCAUUGCACCCACCUCCACACGGAAUUACACACAGGAACAGUUCUGGGCUGUGAAGACCCCAACUCUUAUCCUGUAUGGGGAACUGGACCACACCUUGGCGCGAGAAUCACUCCGGCAGCUCCACCACCUGCCCAACCACUCUGUGGUGAAGCUACACAACGCGGGCCAUGCCUGCUACCUCCACAAUCCGCAAGCUUUCCACCUCGCUCUUCUUGCAUUCCUUGACCAUUUGCCUUGAAUGGACUCACUUCCCAGAACUGACCUCGAAGGAUCUAGAUGCUCUCUCUCCUCUUCCAGGGAGGCCAGCCCUGAGUGGGACUGGGGACAGAGCAUCAAGCCCAGCCAGGACUUUUGAUUUCAUUUCACAGGCACAAUAAAGAAAAGCCCUUUUGUCCCGCCUGGA